AUGCACCAGCCCACCAAGCACUUCAGCGCUGGCCCCCUGUUGCUCAGCUUGCUGGCAAUCCUGGCUCUCCUGACGUCUCCCGUUAUAGCAGCAGCCCCAAAGCCGUCAAUCGAUUCUUCGGGCUGUGGCGGCUGUAAACCCCAAGUUCCCAUCACGCAUUACACUGCGCAGCAGGUCGUCAAGCAGCUCGACCUCAUCCCCAACGUCGAAAAAGGUUACUAUGUCGAAAGCUUCCGGGAUCCGGUCUCCGUCAACAACCGUUCUGCCAGCACUGCCAUAUACUACCUCCUCGAGGGAUCUGCCGGUCCAUCCCACUGGCACCGUAUCGACGUUCCGGAGGUCUGGCAUUAUUAUGCAGGCGCAUCCUUAAAGAUGUCUCUGUCGCACAACGAUGGCAAGCCGGUGAAGGAAGUGGUGCUCGGGCCGAACAUUUUCAACUGUGAGAAGCCGCAAGUGGUGGUGGGCAAGUGGGAGUGGCAGAGUGCACAGAGCUUGGGAGACUGGACACUUGUGGGGACAACUGUCGCUCCAGGAUUUGACCCGAAGGGCUUCGAGAUGCCGGCGGAGGGUUGGCAGCCCAAGGGGGCGUGA